AUGUCCGUUUCCGAGGCCAAGUUCGACAAAGCCGUCAAGAUCAUCCAGGGUCUGCCCAAGGACGGCCCCGUCAAGCCGACGCAGGAAGACCAGCUUUACUUUUACAAAUAUUACAAACAAGCUACUGCUGGCGAUGUAAACACUUCCCGCCCGGGCAUGCUUGACUUUACGGGAAAGUUCAAAUGGGACGCAUGGAAAAGUGUGGAGGGCGUAUCCAAGGAGGAAGCCCGCACGAAGUAUGUUGAGAAGCUGCUCGAGAUCCUGCGUGCCUCGGACGACGAGGAGUCGAAGAAGUACAUCGCUGAAAUUGAGGCUGCAUAA